CACAGAUGAUGAUGAGUUUUUAUGAGGAAGCUGAAUGUGAAAGUGUUGGCACAACUAGAUAAAGGCAGUGCAAUUCUAGGCACAGGACAAAGAUUUUUGGGUAGAUCCCACUUGCACCCAGUGUUUCUAUCUUGGGGUAUCUGAGGAGUAACAGUAGGAGCUGGGUGGCACCCACACUGGCACUGCCAGGAGCUGAAGGCUUCUCCCCAUCUCUACAGCUUUGUACCUCCCCUCACUGACUCACAUAGCGGCACUGACAGGGAGGUGGCAAAGGAAAGCGGCACCAGGACCCAGUGGGUUUUAUGCACCAGCGUCCAGUGGGCAUUGGGCCAGAAAGUCACUGCCAUGGGGGAAUCCUUGGAGCUGAAUGGGCUGAGACCAGGGGAGAACUUGGCACUGCGGGAUUCAGAGGUUACAGUCAGGAGGCCACUGAAUAUCAAUCAUUAUGCCAACAAGAAGAGCGUAGCAGAGAGCAUGCUGGAUGUGGCCUUGCUAAUGGCCAAUGCAUCACAGAUGAAAGCAGUCAUUGAGCAGGGGCCCAGCUUCUCAUACUUUGUACCACUCCUCGUUCUGAUCUCCAUUUCCCUCAUAUUGCAGAUCAUUGUGGGAAUUCUACUCAUCUUCAUAGUGAAAUAUGAUCUGAACAAUCCGGCCAAGCAUUACAUACUGGACAUCCUGGAAAAUACAGCCACGGGCCUGGUCUUUAUUAUAGUGGUCAUUAAUGUUCUGAUCACGGCGUUUGGAGUUCAGAAACCUGCAGGGACCUCACCUUAUGUAUAAGAGACCCCACUGCCCCCUCCUGCAAUGGUGUGGGGGGCACAUGAAGGAAUAGAAGGAAUAUAUAUAUAAUAUACAAGAGCCAGUAACAUGAAGACCAAAUCCUAAUCACUUCCAACCACUGCCCCGGGACAUCUCUGUGUGUGACAUUAUUGGUCCAAUCAUGGGGCUCCCAGUUUGGGGGUGCUGUCUGCAAAUGACCAUCUGGGACUCCCUGGAAAAUAUUCACCUCUUCUCAUUCUCAGGAAUUUACCCCCCCCCCCAAUGGAUGGUCGUACAACACAGAUAUUUAGGGAAUAAUGGACCAGA